AUAUUUAAUAACGUGUCACAAAAAUGUCAAUCAGAUUGACAUACAUGAAUGUAUUUAUAACAUUUUUUUUAUCUUUAUAAAAUUAUUUUUGUAAUUUUCCGUUUAUAAUGGCACAAUCAAAGCCUAGUAAACCUCUCGUUCUAAAUGAGCUCUUAAUAAAGAAUGUAAACACUUGGGGUAACGUGCAGUAUAAUAUCCCUCUGCGACUUUCUAACAAUGAGACCAGAUCUGCAACAAGCGUGGGUUUACGACAUAUACCAGCGAUACCACAUAGCUUGGACUGUAAAAUCGAAGAUCCACUUCCAGAAAGAGUCACGGGACGAGACAUGGUUGUAGAGAAGGAAACAUACAAGACGACCACUGGAGCGUAUUGUGUGAAGCCCAACCCUAACAAGGCUAUGGAGAGAGCAGACUGCUCUAUCAAUUGCAGAAGGGUCAUAUUUAUGACAGGAGUGGAAAAGAGGUUGCAAGGAAAGAGUAUAACGCAACCAACAAUAAUAUCUGAAAUGAAAGACAACUACAGAGGGGUCGCGAGAUCACCUUUAGUUCCACCUGAAAUUAUAGUCAGACCACCGGAUCCAGAAUAUAUUUUUGAUGUUGUAGCCUCAGGAAGAAACGAAGCACCGGUGAUAUCAGAAAGUGCAGGUGGUUUUCGAAGACUAUUGGAUCCAUACGUAACCACAACUAGAAGUGUUCACAAACCCUUCUCAGUAGAAGACCAGUAUGGUAUAGGAGCUAAGGACCAGAUAACCUUUUACUCAGAAUUUAAUACACCGAAGGUGAGAGGCUUCGGUCCACGGCACAAAGAGAUCUGGAUGCCCUUGACGUCUAAAGCCCAUAGAAAUGUCUACGACAGAAUUCACGUUAAGAAAGAAUGCAAGGAAGUUGCCGCCUGCCACAAUCCAGUUGAUAAUAUCAAAGGGGUAUUUACAUCAGAAACCAAACUGAAGUAUAAGAUUCCCUUCGCGGCAUCAUCACUAGCGUCGUGGUCUCACGGAGAAACGUUCGACCUGGCACCAUUCCCGCCGAAUCCAUUCCAGACUAACAUCGCUCCAUUCAUGUACUGCAGUGACUACUGCCACAUCGCCCAAGGAACCCCACCAUCCACUGUCAUUGAUCAACUAAACCAUAAAAUGCCAGCGCAUAAACCAUGCGUGCAAAGAUAUGUAGUGUCUAGAGAUUAUGAGCCUUAAGUUUUGGAAAUAAAAGUUGUUAUAAGUUAA